AUGAACACUCAAGACAAGAUUAUGAGUUUCACGAACCCCAUCAUCCCUGGGUUCAACCCAGACCCUUCUAUUAUCAGAGUAGAUUGUGAUUUUUUCCUCGUGACUUCAACAUUCGAAUACUUCCCCGGCGCUCCGAUAUACCAUAGCCAUGAUCUUAUUCAAUGGAAUUUAAUCGGUCAUGCAUUUACGAGACCCUCGCAGCUUCAAAUCCAUACGCCAGAGCCUGGAGGUGGUGUGUGGGCUACGACUAUUCGGUACCAUCAGGGUGUUUUCUACAUUGUUGCUGCUAGUUUUCAGCGGUACAGACCACAACAGGAUGAUCGGGUUUGGCCACAAGGAUUCUAUAUCAGGACGACUAAUAUCUGGGAUGAGGAUUCGUGGUCAGAUCCCGUAUACUUUGAUCAGGUUGGGUUUGAUCAGGAUCUCUUUUGGGAUGACGAUGGGACGGUUUAUUUAUCGUCCACUUAUCGUAAACUCGAACCAACGCCCGGAGCUAGGCUCAAAGAUUUUGCCAUCCAUGUCUGUACCGUGGAUCUGCAUACCGGACGUUCGACCUCGGAGCCGAAGCUAAUUCGCGAGUCAUCUUCUGGUGUUGCAGAAGGGUCGCAUAUCUUCAAGCGUGGUCGUUACUGGUACUUGUUCACGGCAGAAGGAGGCACUGAGAGUGGACACAGCGAAUGGGUGUGUCGCAGUGAGAGUGGACCUUUUGGACCCUGGGAAGUUGGUCCAAAAAAUCCGCUCUGGCACAAUGGUGUGGAAGAUGAAGUGCAAAAUACUGGCCAUGCUGAUUUGGUCGAAGACGUCAACGGGCAGUGGUGGGCAGUGCUUUUGGGUGUGCGACCUAUGCAUCGAGACGGAGAAUGGGAAGAAUCCGUGCUAGGGCGUGAGACUUUCCUCGUUACAGUUGAGUGGGACAAUGACUGGCCAGUUUUGAAUCGCGGCCAUAAGAUCGCACUCCAGUCGGUCGGGCCAGGUCUUUACCAACAUAUAAAGCCCGUCUCUUGGAGAGAUGAUUUCACCAGCCCCAAAAUGCAACUUGGAUGGUAUCGGAAGAAUACGCCUUUCACGGUCGACUAUUCACUCACAGAGCGACCUAACAAUCUCCGCCUUUAUGGUGGACCUUACAACCUUUCUAUCCCUGCUUGUCCCACCUUGUUUUUACGCAAACAAACCCACCGCUACUGUACUUGGGAAAUUGAGUUAACCUUUGAGCCGAUUUCUGAUUACACAGAAGCGGGUACGGUUUGCUGGUGGAAUUAUUUCACCUAUAGCAGUAUCGGCAUUCGAAAACGAGGGAACAACCGAGUGAUUCAUUUUCGACCAUCGGAAGGGGAUAAAGUAGAGCGGAAGUUGAACUCGUCAACUGUUGUACUUGUGGUGGAAUGCGGCAACGAGUAUCGUUUUGGAUAUCGUGAAUCGACAAACCACGUCGAAUGGAUUGGCAGUGUGUCGAAUCAAGCUGCAACUAGAGCGCCACCAGUCGGUGCUUCCUUUACGGGAAUGAUGCUGGGGCUUUACGCUUUCGGGGAGCGGCAAAAGUGCUUGACUCCCGCCGACUUUGCAUAUGCACAAUUUCGAGAGCUCGAGCAAUGA